AUGCCUCGCCAAACUCCUCAUCCCCAGACGAUCUGUUUCCUUGUGCCGGACCAAAAGUCUCCCAGGGCCAAAGCGAUGCUUCUUCACCCGGACAACGAGCCAUUUGUAUCUCUGUAUCAGAAUGCUACUGCAACGGAGAGGGCCGAGUACGGACUCGAGAUCGGCUAUCACGUCCCGACGAGGCCUCGUCCUCUCGUGAUAGUGGAAGUGGGAAAGAACGCCGACCUUGUGAUGCCAGGCUCGAAUAUCUCCCAAGUCCAUUUUUCGUUUGAGAUCCAUGCAGAAUCCCGUCAAAUCAUGUUCUGGGACCGGUCCCGACUUCACACAACCAAAAUAGAACCAGAUGGUUUCCGGGUGGGUGGGAAUUUCCGUCAGGUCGUCUUGGAUGCGAAGACACCGGACUACAAAAUCAGCGCUGGCGGCGAGAAAUUAGACCAAUUUGUUUUCCACUUGAAAUGGUGCAAAGGGGCGACAGACGUGGUGCAAGAGUUGGAGAAAGAAUCUCAAAUAGUAGCUGCGCGGGUACACAAUCCUCGCUGGGCUCGGACUAUCGAGGAUGGACCGACGGACCUCCCCUCUUGGUACAACACCCGACUUCACACGCCAGCCUUGGGGGCCGUCCAGCGAACGAUGGAUAUUGGGCCGCUAGGAAGAGGAUCGUACGGUGAGGUCCGUAAAUCUGUCGAUCUCGAUUCAGGAUGCUUCGUCGCGACCAAGAUAAUUCACCUGCCUCCCAAGGUCGACUUUGCGAUGUCUAACGAGGAGGUCCUUCUACGGCGUGAAGUCAAAGUCCUUUCCAGUGUCUCUCACAAAAACAUUGUCGAAUACUUGGGCUCGUCUGGUUGGGAUACCAGUGAUGUGAACAUCCACAUGAGCCUAAAACCGGGAAACCUAUGCGAUUUGCUCCGGAAAUCUCCAGGAAUACGUAGCAAUAAAGACGUCCUCACGCGGCUGUGGCAUGAAAUGCUCGAGGCGCUGGACUAUCUAGCGUACCGAGGCUGGAUCCACCGAGACGUCAAGCCGGAAAACAUUCUCUACACUCCAUCAGGCGACAAUAACUACCUUUUCCAGCUGGCUGAUUUUGGUCUUGCCAAUCGACAACUCCUCGCGCAUACCUUAUGCGGCUCUCCCCUCUACAUGGCGCCCGAAGUAAUGCACAAUACGCACAAGCAGUCUCCCAAAAUGGAUGUCUGGGCGCUCUUUGUCGUGAUUGGUGUUGUGACGCAGGCAGGGAACCUUCACCACCCAGGCUUAGCCAACUAUGAAGAUGUUCUGGAAUGCGUUAGAGCUGCGGCCACUCAACAUCCAGCACUGAUCCCCAUGGCACAGGAAGAUCCCAAUCUGCGGGCUUCGGCGGCUCAGAUGCUUGUGAAAUACUUCGAUGGCGAAGGAAUGAGCACACCUCGGCAUCAAGUUGGGCUGAUACCAGAUUCGGGAAGCGCUCCAGGACCUACACAGACUCCAGGACGGCGUGAGUCUGGUCAGAAGUCGCAAGUUCCACCACUCAAAGGCCGUAGGCUUGCGGCCCGUGAUCUGAGACGGAUCAACCAUGCUUCACCCAAAGUUGGAGCCAACGGCAAUAUCCCUCGACGUCGUCUUCAUGCAAACGGGAUCGCUGAAGGACGAGGGGAACCUCUGGGAUUUCGGCGAUUUACUUAA